AAACAUGCAACAACCAAGCCAAAACAAGCAUUGGAUGGUCAAAUCACUUUUUGGUUGACCAGCAUACCGCCGGAUGAACCCCGUGAAGAUGCAACAAGAAAUGUCCCCGUUGAUCACCAUGCCCACUGACUCCAAACGUCGCGUUACUGGCUUUUCGCGCCUCGCGGUGGUGGCCACGAUUGCGUUGACCCUAGGACUCGUGUUCCUCACGCGCACCACGUCCACUUCGUCCGUCGCCAACGUCGUUCCAGCGGGCCCAUUGCCCGUCGACAUGUAUGCUGCGGUUGCAGGCAAGUAUUCGUUCGCGUCCUCCAACGGCUACGAAGACUUUUUGAAGGCCAAAGGCCUCGGCAUGGUCAAGCGAUCUCUCCUUGCCAAGGAGAAACCGGACUUGAUCAUUGAACACUAUGCCAGUGGCUACACGCUAACAACUGUCUACUCGCUCAAAACGACCAAGAUCUCGUUCGCCCUCGGGGUUCCGUUCGACGCAGACUUCAACUACAACUUUGUAGAGCAUGUCGUGGCCACAUUGCACGAUGACACGCUGGAUUUAGCGCGCACGGACGACGCGUCACGAGAAUCGUAUGCAUUUGGGGCCGAUGGCAUCGUAGUCACGUACACGGCGAACGAUGGAACCUCCGGGACUGUCACGUAUCGUCGAGCUUAAUAACAUGCGUGGCAUAUGCGUCGAUUGUUUGGUUGAUAUAUUUACGUUAUUAAUAGUACUAUUGUC